AUGGCAGAAUGGCUGAGGCGUGUGUCCUGGAGCGAUGCGUGGUACAACCUGUACUCCCGCCUGCUCAGGACCAAACCUGUGGGCAGGAUGGGGCAGGGGUCAGAGGUCAGCGAUGAUAUCACAGAGGUAGGGGGGCUGGCUAGGGUCCUGACGACAGCUGACCUGGUGUCGCUAGGGGUGGGGAGCUGUGUUGGCACGGGGAUGUACGUGGUUGCCGGGCUGGUUGCUAAGGAGAUGGCGGGGCCGGGAGUGAUCCUGUCUUUCAUCAUCGCUGCUGUGGCUUCUAUACUGUCAGGUCAGACACACACACACACACACACACACACACACACACACACACACACACACACACACACACCCACGGCUGUGGCUUCUAUACUGUCAGGUCAGACACACACACACACAUACACACACACACACACACACACACACACACACACACACACACGGCUGUGGCUUCUAUACUGUCAGGUCAGACACACACACACACACACACACACACACACACACACACGGCUGUGGCUUCUAUACUGUCAGGUCAGACACACACACACACACACACACACACACACACAUACACACGGAUGUGGCUUCUAUACUGUCAGGUCAGACACACACACACAUAUUUGUGUUUGUAGUAGUUUGACAUGUAUGUGUGUUUAACCUGGGUCAAAUGUGUGUCUCUCUCUCUUCCAGGUGUGUGUUAUGCAGAGUUUGGCGUGCGUGUCCCUAAGACAACAGGGUCAGCCUACACCUACAGCUAUGUCACAGUGGGGGAGUGUACGGCCUUUUUCAUUGGCUGGAAUCUGAUCCUGGAGUACCUGAUUGGUACAGCAGCUGGGGCGUCGGCUCUCAGCAGCAUGUUUGACUCACUGGCCAAUCACAGUAUCUCCAGCUACAUGAUAACACACCUGGGGACACUCAGAGGCCUGGGUGAGUGAGUGACUGUGUGUAUAUACAGUGAGGGAAAAAAGUAUUUGAUCCCCUGCUGAUUUUGUACGUUUGCCCACUGACAAAGACGUGAUCAGUCUAUAAUUUUAAUGGUAGGUUUAUUUGAACAGUGAGAGACAGAAUAACAACAAAAAAAUCCAGAAAAACGCAUGUCCAAAAUGUUAUAAAUUGAUUUGCAUUUUAAUGAGAGAAAUAAGUAUUUGACCCCUCUGCAAAACAUGACUUAGUACUUGGUGGAAAAACCCUUGUUGGCAAUCACAGAGGUCAGACGUUUCUUGUAGUUGGCCACCAGGUUUGCACACAUCUCAAGAGGGAUUUUGUCCCACUCCUCUUUGCAGAUCUUCUCCAAGUCAUUAAGGUUUUGAGGCUGACGUUUGGCAACUCGAACCUUCAGCUCCCUCCACAGAUUUUCUAUGGAAUGAAGGUCUGGAGACUGGCUAGGCCACUCCAGGACCUUAAUGUGCUUCUUCUUGAGCCACUCCUUUGUUGCCUUGGCCGUGUGUUUUGGGUCAUUGUCAUGCUGGAAUACCCAUCCACGACCCAUUUUCAAUGCCCUGGCUGAGGGAAGGAGGUUCUCACCCAAGAUUUGACGGUACAUGGCCCUGUCCAACGUCCCUUUGAUAUGGUGAAGUUGUCCUGUCCCCUUAGCAGAAAACACCCCCAAAACAUAAUGUUUCCACCUCCAUGUUUGACGGUGGGGAUGGUGUUCUUGGGGUCAUUGGCAGCAUUCCUCCUCCUCCAAACACGGCGAGUUGAGUUGAUGCCAAAGAGCUCGAUUUUGGUCUCAUCUGACCACAACAAUUUCACCCAGUUCUCCUCUGAAUCAUUCAGAUGUUCACUGGCAAACUUCAGACGGGCCUGUAUAUGUGCUUUCUUGAGCAGGGGGACCUUGCGGGCGCUGCAGGAUUUCAGUCCUUCACGGCGUAGUGUGUUACCAAUUGUUUUCUUGGUGACUAUGUUCCCAGCUGCCUUGAGAUCAUUGACAAGAUCCUCCCGUGUAGUACUGGGCUGAUUCCUCACCGUUCUCAUGAUCAUUGCAACUCCACGAGGUGAGAUCUUGCAUGGAGCCCCAGGCCGAGGGAGAUUGACAGUUAUUUUGUGUUUCUUCCAUUUGCGAAUAAUAGCACCAACUGUUGUCACCUUCUCACCAAGCUGCUUGGCGAUGGUCUUGUAGCCCAUUCCAGCCUUGUGUAGGUCUACAAUCUUGUCCCUGACAUCCUUGGAGAGCUCUUUGGUCUUGGCCAUGGUGGAGAGUUUGGAAUCUGAUUGAUUGAUUGCUUCUGUGGACAGGUGUCUUUUAUACAGGUAACAAGCUGAGAUUAGGAGCACUGCCUUUAAGAGUGUGCUCCUAAUCUCAGCUCGUUACCUGUAUAAAAGACACCUGGGAGCCAGAAAUCUUUCUGCUUGAGAGGGUGUUAAAUACUUAUUUCCCUCAUUAAAAUGCAAAAAUCAAUUUAUAACAUUUUUGACGUGCGUUUUUCUGGAUUUUGUUGUUGUUAUUCUGUCUCUCACUGUUCAAAUAAACCUCUCUCACUUAUCAUGUCUUUGUCAGUGGGCAAACGUACAAAAUCAGCAGGGGAUCAAAUACUUUUUUCCCUCACUGUAUGUGUGUUUGUGUGUGUGUGUGUCUAUAAUCUCCCCUCCCCCUCCCCUGCAGGUAAAGGGGAGGAGUCGUACCCUGAUGUCCUGGCCAUGGCCAUAUCGCUGGUUGUCACGGUGAUUGUGUCGUUAGGGGUUCGUAACUCGGUAGGGUUGAAUAACGUUCUGAACAUGGUCAACCUGGUAGUGUGGUGCUUCCUGGUCAUCGCUGGACUCUUCUUCCUCUCUGCUGACAACUGGGAGGCGGGAAACUUCCUGCCCUACGGAUGGUCCGGGGUAAGAGAUAUGCUCAGCUAAACGCAGUCACACACGAAUAUGCAGGCACACACACACACACACACACACACACACACACACACACACACACACACACACACACACACACACACACACACACACACACACCAGCAUUCACCUAGACACACACACACAUAUCCAUAAACACACACACACACAACACAUUAACCUCGCUCUGCUGUGUGUUUGUGUACCAGGUGAUGAAGGGAGCAGCCACCUGUUUCUAUGCCUUCAUAGGGUUUGACAUCAUCGCUACGACAGGAGAAGAAGCCAAGAGUCCCAACACCUCUAUACCCUAUGCUAUUACUGCUAGUCUGAUAACCUGCCUGACUGCAUACGUCUCUGUGAGUACACACACACCUCCAUCCUCUCUGCUAUUACUGCUAGUCUGAUAACCUGCCUGACUGCAUACGUCUCUGUGAGUACACACACACCUCCAUCCUCUCUGCUAUUACUGCUAGUCUGAUAACCUGCCUGACUGCAUACAUCUCUGUGAGUACACACACACCUCCAUCCUCUCUGCUAUUACUGCCUUAAUUAUUACGUGUGUGUGUGUCUUUGUCUGUGUGGUACUAAUGUGUGUGUAUCCCUCCCUAGGUGUCUGUGUGGUAUUAAUGUGUGUGUAUCCCUCCCUAGGUGUCUGUGUGGUACUAAUGUGUGUGUAUCCCUCCCUAGGUGUCUGUGUGGUAUUAAUGUGUGUGUAUCCCUCCCUAGGUGUCUGUGUGGUAUUAAUGUGUGUGUAUCCCUCCCUAGGUGUCUGUGUGGUAUUAAUGUGUGUGUAUCCCUCCCUAGGUGUCUGUGUGGUAUUAAUGUGUGUGUAUCCCUCCCUAGGUGUCUGUGAUUCUGACUCUGAUGGUUCCUUAUGACCUGAUCGAUGGUUCAGCUCCUCUGAUGGAGAUGUUUGCAGUGCAUGGGUUCCUGCCGGGGAAAUACAUAGUGGCUGUAGGGUCCAUAGCUGGCCUCACUGUUAGUCUACUGGGCUCCUUGUUCCCCAUGCCCAGGGUCAUAUACGCUAUGGCUAGAGAUGGACUGCUCUUCAGGUGAACACCACACACACACAGACUAAUGUUAUUAAGAUGAAUGUUCACUAAGUGUCCACACAGACUAGUGGUAUUAAUGUGUGUCUAUUCCUGUGUGUGUAGGUUCCUGGCCAACGUCUCUCCGUACACUCACACUCCAGCAGUAGCGUGUUUGGUGUCUGGCUGUCUGGCUGCUCUCAUGUCUCUCCUUGUCUCCCUUCAAGAUCUCAUAGAGAUGAUGUCUAUAGGAACACUACUGGCUUACACCCUGGUCAGUGUGUGUGUCCUGCUGCUCCGCUACCAGCCCGACACAGACACACACAACUUCCUGCCUGGGGAGGAAGAGGAGGGGCCUAAGAAGAAAGAGGGCGUGAUGGUGGAAUGCGAUGAAGGAACUCUGCCCACCAACGACGACCAGAUGUUGAUUGGAGGAUCAGACCCUGACAGCUCCAGCUACCAAUCGAGCGGUGUUGCAGGUGAACCUGGUGAUUCUGGCAGCUUCCACACCGGCCCCUCCUCGCUGUUGAAGAGGGUUCUAGGUAGUCGUUACUCCACCCUGCGUGUCCGCCUGGGGAUCCCUGAUGCCUCGGCCCGUCCCACCCCGUCCUCUGGACGCAUGGUGACACGCUGCACCCUCCUCCUCUUCCUCCUCUCCUUCCUACUCUGGGCCACUGUCAUCUUCGGCGUGGAACGAGGGACCGGAGCAGGCUCCGCCGUUUCAGGGAUCAUAGCGACACUAUUGGCGGGCAAAAUAGCAACCAUACUGAUGGUGAUCGUGCGCCAGCCGGAGAGUGGGCGGAGCCUGCCCUACAUGGCGCCGUGCGUGCCGUUUGUCCCCGCGGUGGCCAUCUUGGUGAACUCCUACCUGAUGCUGAAACUGUCACCGCUCACCUGGGCACGCUUCGCUGUCUGGUGCACUCUGGGUAAGUUAGACUGUCUCUUCAACACUAGUCACUUCCUUCAUGUGGAGAAGAGAGCCUCCUCUCUCCCCCCUCUCUCCCUCCACCCUCCUGCAUCCCUCUCUCCCCCCUCUCUCCCUCUACCCUCCUGCAUCCCUCUCUCCCCCCUCUCUCCCUCUACCCUCCUGCAUCCCUCUCUCCCCCCUCUCUCCCUCUACCCUCCUGCAUCCCUCUCUCCCCCCUCUCUCCCUCUACCCUCCUGCAUCCCUCUCUCCCCCCUCUCUCCCUCUACCCUCCUGCAUCCCUCUCUCCCCCCUCUCUCCCUCUACCCUCCUGCAUCCCUCUCUCCCCCCUCUCUCCCUCCACCCUCCUGCAUCCCUCUCUCCCCUUAUCUUUCCAUCCUCCAUCUGCUCCUCUCUUUCCUUCCCCUAUCCUCUUUCUAGGUGUACUGAUCUACGGUUGCUAUGGGAUGUGAUAUUAUUAUGGUCUGUCUCUCUAGGUAUACUGAUUUACGGUUGCUAUGGGAUAUGGAACAGCUCUUUGGAGAUCAGUACCAGAGAGGAACAGGCUCACGCCAGCACCUACCAGCGCUAUGACGAUCACCUCGACGACACCUUCUCCCCAGACAAUGACCUUGACCCCCAGGACAACCAGGAAGAGGGGCGCUACCAGGGCUGGUCAGCGGAGAAGGGCUACCACUACCAACAGCAAAACCAGGAUCAGAACCAUGAUCAGGAGGGUGACCAGUACCAAAACCAGUUUCAAGAUGGGAACCAAGAUGGUAACCAGUACCAGGAUGGAAACCAGUAUGAGGAUGGCUCCCAGUACCAGAACCAGUCGGGUUACCAGUCCGGCCCUCAGGGCUCCUCUAGGGGAUCCAGGGGACGAACCAAUCAGGGCUACACAGAUCCACAGGAACCUGAGGGCUCCUCUUAUGAGUGACAGCUGCAGCGGAACACACCUACUUCCUGUUUCUCUGGCACUAGAGGAGAGGAAGGGCAGAGGGCUGCUGAAUUCCUCAUCAACCCCAAGCCCCACCCCCUACACCAUAGGCACUUGAGUAGACCUGAGAGGACAGGACAUGUGAGCUAUAUGGCAACGAUUCCACCUGGUCUAUCAAAGGGCAAAAUAUUAAUACUUAUCCAAUCCUCUUAGAUCUACACUAGUGCCUAGAGGGUGGAUUUCAGGGGAAGAGAGGGAGAGAGGGAAGAGAGGAAGAUGGAGACCCCUUUAUCCUGCUGGGGAUGGAGAGAUGAAACGAUAAACUAAUGAACGAGUGAGUGAGUGAAUGAAUGAACUUUAUUGACUUUUACAGAGAUUACUCUUACAUAUUGAGUUUUCUGGUUGGAAAGAGUCACUAUCACAAAAAUACAGAUUAGUUUAUUUAACACUGCAUUAUAAACAUACAUACAACAUGCUGUGUAUAACAUCUAUCUAUCUAUCAAUCAAUCAAUCGGACAAUGAAUCAAUUAUACUGGCGCAAACGUUCUCUUAUACUAUCUAAUAUUCGGACUCCUCUGGUGUGACAUUGUACCUGGAUGAGUUGGUUGGAAAAUAUUUAAGCUAAUUUUGUUUUAAGAGUGUGAUCAUUCAAAAAGGAAAGUAUUUAUUGUUGAAUCAGAGUGUGUAAAUGUGUGCAGAGAGAGAGUGAUCUGUGUUUUGCUGUUGUCUGAUAAACUUUCAAUAAAACAUUGAAUAAAAUUAAUAAAUCUGAGAGAACACCUGUCUUUGUUCCCUCACUACACUAGAACACAGAACACUAGAACACCAGUGGUGGAGAAGGAGGAGGAGUGGAAUUCCAGUGAACAGGAUGGAACUCUGGGGGAAAAGCUGAGGAGGAUGGUGCACCUGGCCAGCUUCCUGUCUGGCAGG